GCCUACAAUUCCCACAAUGCAUUGAGAAGGCAGCCAGAAAGGGAAGAAAACAUUGUCAGCUGACUUGACUUGACUGUAUGUGUUAAUGAGUAGUUUUUGGCAGUUUAAAGGCACUUGUUUAGUCAUUUAAAAUAGAUUUUUUUUGCAAUAUCACACGUUAGUGAGUAAGUAGCUAUGUUACGACCAAAGGCGUUAACGCAGGUUCUCAGCCAAGCGAACACAAACGGAGUCCAAAGCACACUCUUACUGAAUAAUGAAGGUUCACUUCUGGCUUACUCUGGUUAUGGGGACACUGACGCACGAGUGACAGCCGCCAUCGCCAGCAACAUCUGGGCAGCCUACGACAAGAACGGCCACCAAGCCUUCAACGAAGACAAACUCAAAUUCAUACUCAUGGAUUGUAUGGAAGGAAGAGUGGCCAUUACUCGUGUAGCCAACCUACUACUGUGUAUGUACGCCAAAGAGACAGUGGGCUUUGGAAUGCUUAAAGCCAAGGCAGAAGCCCUGGUGCAGUACCUGGAGGAACCAUUAACCCAAGUGGCAGCAUCAUAGUCGAGAUGUGACUGAAGCUCUGCCUGUCGCUUCUGUCUGCCUGGAAAAAAAGCAUCACAUGAUCCAGGUCAUUCAUGUACUAUUGUAACAUUCUGUGUACAUGCAUAUAUCUAGUGUGAGUGAGUAAACGUGUGUGGGGUGCAGGGAGUAAGUGUAUUUAUAAUCAUGGUAUUGAAACUAAUACUUACUAACUUAAUAACUUGUAUGGGUAUUUAAAUGUGCCCUCCCUUGUGACUCUGUUUAUGUAAUGGCCUGUUCUGAAAGUCCACAUCAUUUGUUGGUAGGGAGUCUGAGUGUACAACUGCUGAAAUGAUUCAGCAGUUCAAUCAACUGGUCCCACGGUUGAUUUAUUCAUUUGCAGUUUUAGAUCAGGCUGUUAAGCAGAAAGUUUAACAUUUUGAAUCUUAUCAGAGGACUAAAAUGCAUGUAAUAUAAAGUUUUAAAAUAUAAAUUUUUUUUCCAUCUGAUUAAAUGCAGUUAUGAUUAUUUGCUACUCUUUUUUGCAAAGCUGUCAAAUAAACAAUUUUUGGAUUAAUAUUUA